CAUCCAAUGUGCGUGCACGCACCCAAACACCUCCCUCUCUUCUGUCAGCGACUGUGGUCUCGUCCCUCUGGCACACGCAGCCCCAUACAUCUACACACAUACAGAUGAACAGCGGAUUCUGAAAGCUCCGAGAAGAUGGUGGUGGUAGCGCCGCCUUUGUUUUAACUGUGUCUGGGUAGCUCAGACUCAUCGAAUUACAGCGAUAUCCAUUGUAUCUCUUCUCGACUGAACGAUUGGUGAAUGGGUUGACAACGGGUAAAAUAAAACAAUGUCAAACGAUGAAGAACCGGGGAGCUGGAGGAUCGGAUGGGAAAGGAUAAAACAUGAAAUAGCUCAGCACUCAUAUCUGACUUGAAUAAAAGGGAAUUCUUUGGACAGAGAAAAAAGACGCCUGCGUCCUUGUCCUGCGCAUUCAUGCAAUUUAGUUAAACUGGGAUCAAGGAGCCACUUGUCUGUUCAGUGGGGACUCUCGGUGUCCGGGGGAUGCGUGCAGGGGAGAAAACUUGUAAUUAGCCCGGGCUGGCCACGCGUUCACCGCUGUCUGCGACCUAAUGGGGAGAAUAGUAGCGUGGGAAAAGUUUCCAGCACACAAGGGAAGGAGAACGGAAUUCGGAUACGUACAAUCAAGACUACAUUUAGCUGUGUACCGUUUUGGGUGACUGACAUUGAAGUUUACUGACAAUUUAAUUGUCGGCCACAAGAAAUUGAAGGGAAUAUUUUGUUAACUGAAAUUGUUAGAUUAUAUUAUCAAAACAUGAUUUACUCAACACGGUGAGCAUCGAGGGUUUGGAUCCAAGUAAGAAGCGUAGGCGUUUGCACGUGCGGCAAUCACUUGAUCUUGAUUUCCUCUGAACACAGUUUUUGCAGAGCUUUGCUCUACUGUGCUAGCGGGUCCUCUUCAAACUGCGCUCCUCUUUCAGUGCGAGUCCCCAGAAAUUGGAGGCGCAAUGGUGAAGAUUCCGUAGAGGAAAAUCAGGAAAGAACGGGGCUCCUUACAUGGGAAUACUUACGAAUAGGCCUUUUCACUGGAACAGCAAAGAGCGUAAUGGGUUUUUGACCUCAGUUUAAUGUUUUCUUUAUUAUAUAUGGGAGGACAUUUCUGCCUUAAAUCACCCGGCAUGUCAAGCAAUAGUUCCAUAACUAGCUUUUUUUGGCUAUACAAAAACGCCGACAGUAGUAGAUAAAGGUCUGCAAUACACACACUUACAGCAAAGGGCUUACGGAUGAAGUAGGAAAAUAUUCUUUACAGAUGAUUUCUACAUGCAAUAUAACUUUGUCUUCUCCCUUAAAACCUGUAUUUAAAUUCCUUCAUAAUGCAUGGAUAAGAGGAAGGCAGGCUAGACUGUUGUCUAGAGACUAACUUAAAUAAAACCGGGAUCUAAAAUCAAGAGUAUUAUUUUCACAGGGAAUGUACGAAGGGUCAUAUAGACAGCCUAAUGGUGCCAGCAUUAGGGAAUUGGAUCAAUGCUUCAGUACAGUCAUGUAAUCCUCUUCAGAAUUUGCCACAACACUCCAGUGUAGUAAGAUACUAUUCAGGUGAGAGCUUUUGCAAUUGUAAUGAGGUUGUUUUACAAAAUUAAGACUUCUACAGUAAACAUUAUAUUCAAUAAGAUUUGGACUGGUCCCCAAUCCUUUCAAAUUCAUUAAAAAAAGCAGUUUGGCACUGGAUGAACCUUGCGUAUGUUGGUCAAAACAGAGGAGAAGUUAGAGGAAUGCGAGUAUUGACGUCAUAUGGGACAAUAAUAAAUGACUCCAUCCUGGAAGAGUAGUUUGUUUGUAAAUGGCUCAUUUAGCAUUUUGUAACCAGAAAGUUUGGUGUUGGAUUUUUAUUUAUGUAUGAUUAGAUUUAUUUGCCUUUUUAUUUUACACUCAUUCUAGUCUAGAGUGGGCUGCACUGUGGAUACAUUUAUAGCCUUUAUUGCCUUACCUUGUAAAUGACCUUGCCUUGCAAAUAGUCGUUAGCUUUACCAUUGUUAUUUCUUUAAGAUUAAAAAGCAGCAUGGCAUCCCCCCAACACCAGCAGUUGCUGCCUCACAACACAGAAGUGAGCUGUGACUCGAGCGGUGAGGGUGGCGUCUCCGUGAGAAUCAGCAGUAGCGCCAAACACAAGCACGGAGGAGGAACUGGGGCUUUGGGUGGCAUGGGAGGAGGUGGCUUCAUGGGAGGAGGUUCCAAACACUGCAAAUACAGCAUCUCCUCUAGCUGUAGUUCUGGGGAAUCUGGAGUUCGCAGGCCUGCGGUCAAGGGUCUGCGGACCCAGAGGAAGAUGCCCCAGCUCUUCGAAAGAUCUGCCGGGCACUUCUGGGACCCUAAGUUUGACUCUCCCAUCCUAGAAGAGGCAUGCAGAGAGAGGUGCUUCCCCCAGACCCAGAGGAGGUUCCGCUAUGUCCUUUUCUACUUGUGUUCUGCCAGUCUCCUCUGGGGGCUGUACUUUGGCGCCAACCCAGACAGAUGUGACCAGACAGUUUUCCUCAUCCCCACCGCCUGCUUCUUCCUUUUCUGCCUCCUCCUCUUCCUGUUGACGUUCACACGGCUCUAUGUGCGCUGUUACAACCAGGCAUCACUGCUGCUCAUAGUGGUGACCUUUGCUCUCACCCUGGCACCUCAGAUCCAGACUGCCGGCUUUAGGGACCUAGAGACCCUUCCUCCGGAGGAUGUGCUGGAAGACCCGGGGGACUUCAGUGGCAUGGACCCUAGGAACGUGACCUUCAACCAGGACUUACCCAUGGGGAGUGGCUGGGCCCCAUGCUUAUCUCCAGUAGGAACCUUCUCCUUAGGCAUGGAAGUGCUGCUACUACUCUACAGCGUCCUCCAUGUCCGACUCUAUGCCUCUGUGCUGCUGGGACUGCUCUACUCUGUUCUUUUUGAGGCUCUUGGAUGGCUCCACCUCACUGAUGCUGUCGGGUACAGUUGGAGCCAGGCCUCAGGAGGAGCAAACUUAGACUGGGACACUCUGCACUGGCUGGCGCCGGCCAAAGCCCUGCUCCACCUGUGCGCCCACGCCAUCGGCAUCCAUCUUUUCAUCAUGUCCGAGGUGCGAUCGCGAAGUACCUUCCUUAAGGUGGGUCAGGCCAUUAUGCACGGCAAGGACCUGGAGGUGGAAAAGGCACUGAAAGAACGCAUGAUCCACUCAGUGAUGCCCCGCAGGGUGGCUGACGACCUGAUGAAGCAAGGGGACGAGGAAGGCUUGUCGGGCGAGAACACUGCCAAGCGCUACUCCAGCAGCGGGGCGGCAGCCGUCAUUUCCAGCCCCAAGAACAGCAAGAGGAAUAAGACCUCCAUCCCGAGGGGUCAGAUCAUCUUCAGACCCUUCAACAUGAAACGCAUGGAGCCCGUCAGCAUCCUCUUCGCCGACAUCGUUGGAUUCACCAAGAUGUCCGCCAACAAGUCGGCCCACGCCCUGGUCGGCCUCCUAAACGACCUCUUCGGACGCUUCGACCGGCUGUGCGAGCUGACCUGCUGUGAGAAGAUCAGUACCCUUGGGGACUGCUACUACUGCGUGGCGGGCUGCCCUGAACCUCGGCCGGACCACUCCUACUGUUGUGUUGAGAUGGGCCUGGGUAUGAUCCAAGCCAUCGAGCAGUUCUGUCAGGAGAAGAGGGAAAUGGUCAACAUGAGGGUCGGAGUCCAUACAGGAACUGUCCUAUGCGGUAUCCUUGGGAUGAAGCGGUUUAAGUUUGAUGUGUGGUCAAACGACGUGAACCUGGCAAACUUGAUGGAGCAACUGGGAGUGGCCGGGAAGGUGCACCUAUCAGAGGCCACAGCCAACUUCCUGGAUGACCGGUACCAGCGAGAGGACGGGCGGGUCACAGAGAGGGUUGGACAGAGCGUGGUGGCGGACCAGUUGAAAGGGCUGAAGACCUAUCUGAUCUCAGGGAGGAAGGUGGAACCCUGCCACUGUAGCUGUUCCCAGCUGGGCCUGGCAGGCCUGGAGCCCGGGGGCGGGACCCGCGCCCACACCCCAGACGGUCCAGACGGAGCGCCCUCGGCCUGCGGCCUGAACCAAGGAGGAGCCUCGGACAGGGCCAAGUCUUCCUGUCCCACCUGCAGCGUGGCUCCUCUGCCAGGGGAGGAUCAAGUUCUGGCGGAGGGUAUGGUGCAGAACGGCUGCCAUGACGACCACAAGACCAAUAGCAGCAAGGACACCUCAUCUGUCAAAUGCCCCUCCCAGGCCACCGUAGGCCACGGUCCCAAAACCCUGAACGGUCUGCUGAGCCCGAGACUGGAGGAGCCCCUGACCAAUAGCCAGACGUCCCUCUGUGAGAUGCUCCAGGAGAAGGAGAAGAAGUGGGGCGGGGGGGCUAUGGGGGCAGGCAUGGACCACUCUGUCCUCAUUCCCCUGCGCUCCAAGAACUUCAGAGAGAGGAGCGACGCUCACUUUGUGGAUGUCAUCAAAGAGGACAGUCUGAUGAAGGACUACUUCUUCAAGCCUCCCAUCCACAAAUUGAGCCACACCUUUUUGGAUAGAACCCUGGAGUCGGCCUACAGGACCAGCUACCAGGAGGAGGUGGAGACGCAGGCGGUGGUCCAGACCUUCGCCAGCCCCACCUUCAGCUCCUUCCUAGACAUGGUCCUGUGCUGCUCCGUGUUCCUGGCCCUCUCCCUGGCCUGCUUCCUCCGGCCCCUGCUGUCCCCCUCCGUGUACCCCCCGCCUGUCCUGGCCCUCGCCGUGGCCUCGCUGGCCGCUCUGCUGGAGGCUCUGGCCCUGGUGCUGUCCAUACGGGUGGCCUUCUACCUGAACAACGUGCUGAGCUGCACCAGAACCCUGCUGAGGACCAUCUCCGGCUGGGUUCCCCGUCACCUGGCAGGGGCUGUGCUGGUCUCCCUGCCGGCUGUGUCGGUCUUCUCGCACGUCACCUGUGACAUGCGCCCGUCCAUACAGUUCACCAUGUUCACCUGCUGUGCGGUGAUCAUUGCCAUCAUCCAGUACUGUAACUUCUGCCAGCUGAGCUGCUGGAUGCGUUCGGCCAUGGCCACCGUGGUGGGACUGGUGCUCCUGGCACUGCUCUUCAGCCCCCCCUGCAGAACUGCCAACAGUGUAUUAUUUUGGUCGUAUGAUGCCACCAACAACAGUAAUGGCAGCAGCGGUGGAACUGGUGAGCCUGAAGCUGCCUCAGAUCCGUUGCCUCGCCCCCAGGACCUGUUGGGCCCCGAGGUGGGCGUGGCCUUCUUCCUGCUCCUCCUUCUCGUCUGGUUCCUCAACCGCGAGUUUGAGGUCAGCUACCGCCUCCAUUACCACGGCAACGUGGAGGCCGACCAGCACCGCAUCAAGAUCCAGAAUAUGCGCGACCAAGCUGAUUGGCUGCUAAGGAACAUCAUCCCCAUCCAUGUGGCGGAGCAGCUCAAAGUGACCCAGAGUUACUCCAAGAACCACGACAACGUUGGCGUGAUUUUCGCCAGCAUCGUCAACUUCAGUGAGUUCUACGAGGAGAGCUACGAGGGCGGCAAGGAGUGCUACCGGGUCCUCAACGAGCUCAUUGGCGAUUUCGACGAGCUGCUUCGCAAGCCGGCCUUCGACAACAUUGAGAAGAUCAAGACCAUCGGAGCCACGUACAUGGCGGCAGCUGGGCUGAACACCCAGCAGUGCGCCGAGGCCCCACACCCACACGCACACCUGCGGGCGUUGUUCGACUUCGCCCUGGAGAUGAUGCGCGUGGUCGACGACUUCAACAAGAACAUGCUGGGCUUCAAGUUCAAGCUACGCAUCGGUUUCAACCACGGGCCGCUCACCGCGGGGGUGAUCGGCACCACCAAACUGCUGUACGACAUCUGGGGUGACACCGUCAACAUCGCAAGCCGCAUGGACACCACGGGCGUCGAGUGCCGCGUUCAGGUGAGUGAGGAGAGCUACUGUGCACUCAGCGCCAUGGACUACGAGUUUGACUACCGCGGAACGGUCAACGUCAAGGGCAAAGGUCAAAUGAAGACCUUCCUGUUCCCCAAGAGCACUGACAGCGGCACGCCCGUGCCUCAGUACCAGCUCUCUGUCUCGCCGGAGAUCCGAGUGCAGGUUGAUGGGAGCAUCGGGCGCUCACCGACGGACGAGCUCUCUAACAUCAUGCCCAGCUCCUUGGCUGGUGUACUCAGUAACCCCACUACCUCCAUCAACCCUGGGGUGUCCGUAAGUCUGCAGCGGCCUGAGACUGGAGUGGUUGAGGCUGGAGAUAGGCAAGACGCCCGGGGACAGUCCUACUGUAGCCCCACUACUACAGAGAACACCACCGCCAGAUCCUCCUCUUCCACCACUUCCCAAGUUGGUCCAUCAUCCCUGCCCAUCACUAGUCUAGGGGAACCUACUUUGAAAGUCCAACACCUGAAUCCGCCCGUCACUAGUUUACUUGGAGUUCCCCUGACAGUCCAACAAACAAGUCUACCCGACACCAGCUUUGGUGGUUUUCCGCAGACAUCGACAAAUGUCCAAAAACAAAAUUUGCCCAUCACUAACGUAAGUGGAGGAACUACCGCAAAGGUCCAACCCCCGAAUCAUUCAAUGGCUAGUUUAGGUGGGGCUCAUCCUUCAACGAAUGUCCUCCGACAACCAAACCUUGUGGCGUCAACCACCACCCUCCAGCCGAACUCCCCUCAGAAUCCUGAGUCAUGGAAGGUCCUGGAGAAAACAGACACCGAAGAGGACUGUGAUGAAAUCAUCGGGGAGCUUACAAAACUCUAACUGCCAUUCAUGCCGUAGAGAUUUUUGCAUUUGCCUUCAGCCCUUUAAGCACUGUCGGUCUUGCUUUCCUGGCAGUUUAAGCUUUUUAUGGAAUAGGCUUGCAUGUAUGUGCUCAGAACACAGAGGCAUGACAAGAAGACAGAGGAGGGAAGCACCAAGAUUGCUGACUGGUUAAAACCAGCCGUUGUCCUGUCCGUUUUCAAUCCUUCUCCAAUAUUUAGUUCAAUAAGACACGCUGUUGUAAAACUUUUUGUAACGAUUAACAAGCAUUCCUAUAUUGCACAACAGUACCAUUCUGUUUUCUAUGUCUGUGGAGGACAUUUCCAAUCUGUGGGACUGUAUGGAUCACAGGAAGGAGAUUUGAAGAUGCGGAAAGCACAGUGGGCACUAAUAAUUAGCAUCCUAUGAUUUACCUGAUCCCAACUAACAUCUUUUGUUCUUAUUUUUGGUGUGUUACAGUUUUUUUUGUUUGCCUUUCUUUUUCAAGGUUAAGUGAUUAAGUGCCUUUAGCAUGAAAUACGUAUGUAGACCGAGCUGAUCUUGACUACAAAAAAGAAACACAAAGAUAAAUAAAAAAUGCGUAAGACUUGUGUAGUACAAAACUGCAAACUGUGUAUACAUUUUAGGACAAAAGCAUUGUUUCAGUCAGUUGUCUUUGGUCUGUGUAGCUAUGACAUUGCAACUGUUAUUUAUUUGUCCUUAGUUAAGGAAUUGAGUUAACAAUCAUUUAAUUGAGAGCAAUUGAGGAAUGGCACGGUUAAGGGUGAAUUAAAGGAAAGCAGAAAAGGCUCAUGUUAACAGUGAAUCACUAUAAAGUGUCUAAGAAAAGCACAAUGCUACCAGACAAACACAAGAAAAUCAGGUGGGAGGGUGCGUGUGUGCGUGCAUGUGAGUGUGCUUGUGUGUGUGUGUGUGUGUGUGUGUGUGUGUGUGCGCGCACACCUACAGUGAUUGCCUACAGUGAUAACUGACAUCCAAAGCCUCAGGUGAAUGGGUGGCUGUGAUUUGACAUUCUCAAUCUGAUGAAACUGUUGAAUGACUAAGAAAGUCUGGAACAUAAUCAACAAAUAAUGACAUCCCUUUUGCUGAUGUGACAGUUUUUUCCAGCCCUAGUUAUGACUAAGGACCACUUUCUUACCAGAGACAUCAGUCUCAAACUCUUAACUGGACCGCACAAACAGAAAUCCAAGGGGGAAUCUUAACUCCCAAAUAAGUUGCAUUUUUCUAAGUAAUAGUCUUGACAUUAAAUAAUUAAUAUGUGAAAAUCUGGUAUGUUAGGAACCUUCCCUCUUUGACAUAGAGAAAUAAUAGGGUUUCAUUGACUCUCCAAGUCAAUAAAACAAACAUUUAGUGACACAGUUUUUGUGAUGUUCAGUAAUCUCGUAGUAUAGGCUUCAGCAGGAAUGCAAUCUGUAGUUAGGCUACUCUUGUGACCUUUAUAGGUAGGCCUUCCAAUGUGUCAUUUAUAUAUGUGCUGUUAUAUACGUGCUGUUAUAUACGUGCUCUCUUGCUUGCAAUAACAAUCUGCUUAAACUGUUACAUGUUCCAUCAUGUGCAACUAAAAGCAGACUCAUUUGAGGAUAAGUCAUGUGAUUAGCUGUACAGUGGGUAUACACAAACUGCAAAUGGGGUCAUCUCUGUUCCUGUCGCUUUCUUGUUUUGGCAAAAUGGGUUGUGUACUUAGCGGAAAAUGUUAUUUUUGUUCUCAGCGACAUUGCUUUGUAACCUCCAAGGUACAGUAUAAAAGCAUUCUCUGUUAGGAGUGUAAAUCCUGAAAUGCAUUUAUUUUGUUAAAUACUAUAAACCAACAGGUUUUACUUCAGUUAAAAUGAUGGGGAUGCUCGUACUGUAUACUAGCUGUCAUUUGGGUUUAAAACAUGCUUAUCUAAACAUUCAGAAAUUCUCUUGUAGUUCAGGCUUUUGUUUUUCCCAAGUCUCCUUGCGUGUAGUGCAACAGUUUGCUAGUAGUGCCUUUUCAGUCAUACAAAAGCUGUUUUGAUCAACUAAAUAAUUUAAGAAAUCCCUUUUUUUGUCGACCUUUGCUUAUAUGCAGAGCACGUUUUUCAUAUUAGUACAUAUUUCAAAUUAUGUUCUGUUAUGAAUUCGACCGUGCCUUUUCUAAUAUGUGAUAUUAUGGGCAAUUGUUUCCAACAUUUAGAUUGACUGAUAUUAGUGACACCAUACUUCCAAUUUCUGAUGCAACUUUUUGGUGCAUUCAUUGGCCGCCACAUAUUUGUUCUGACAUUGAUUUAGAAAAGGGACUUAAAAUUGAAAAUAUCGUUUCAUAAUUUUUUAUUGUAUUUUGUAGAAAUGCUUGAAUGGAGCUAGGCCACUUUAAGUGCAAUAAUCUACAAAGGGCAUCAUUUUGAAUGGGUGACAGGGGAAAAAUAUUCUUCAUGAUUUUGAGCGAACAAUCCUUCUUGUACAAUACGCCAAUUCAAUCUACUUCAAUAAAGGAAUAUAUUGGAAAAAUCUGUUGAAAUAAACUUUACACAGCGUUAUCUUACUAAAUGUCCCGAGGAAGGGGAACUACUUAAUUGAGUUCUGGACACACACAAGGAAGAUAAAACGCUGAUAUUAUCUACAGCUUUUCUCAUUGCUUUGGAGAAACUUUGCUUAUCAACCUAUGGAUUCCCGAUGUUGUAUUUUGUCUGUGCUGGAUAAGAGUAGUUCUUAUAAUAAAGAGGUUGUUUCAUUUAAGGCUUACUUUGAGAGAGAUGUUGGAGUCUGAUCUCGUGCCGGAUUCACACUAUCAGGCUGGUUGGUACUGUUCCAGGUCUGAUAUUAACUGACUCACCCAACCUAUGGUGGAUGGGUUAAUAGGUCAGCUCAGAAAAGCUCUGCUUAGUUUAGAUUGGUAAUGUGAAAAAGGCAUUCGGUCUCCCUGCUUCAAAAUAGUUUUUGUUGUUGUUGUAAUAACUGGUCUUAACUGCUUAAAGAACUUCAUAGGUUCACAAUUUAAAUAUUAUUCAUAAAAUGUUAUGAGGAGUAGACAAAAAACAGACUUGUCCAAUAGUCUAAAACUGAACUGGUAUAUCUGGUCCAUCUUUAGCCUGUUGGACCUCACUGUUUUCUGGUUUGUAGAAUUAUAAUUGUCUGGCUAAUAACAGGUAUUCCAGGGAUACAUUUGGGUGUUGCGUGGGUCCAAAUGGAAAGAAAUGUCCCAGUAUGUUAGAAACACCCGAGCCAAUUUCUGGUCCCAGUCCACCAUGGCACAUUACAUUGGGACUAUUUUGAUGCCAAAGAGUGUCAUUUAAUUGAUGUAUGUUUUGUCUCAUUUCUGCCUUUUCAUUUGCUCUUGGUUGUUUUGGAUAUCAAUGAUGGGUUGUUGCUACUCUCUUCUGGGUCACACUGUAUACAUUUGCACAAAGCGCUCACUCUGUACAUACGUGUUUAUAGUGUAUAUUGUCUGAUCAUUUUGUAAUAUUUAUACAGGUGCAUGUGCCUGUUUGUGACAUUGUUGAACUGUUGAGGAAUAAGUGGGGUGUGUUGUGUUUAGAAUAAUGUUAGUAUGUUUGCCUGCGCGUAUCUGUGUACCUGUGUGGUUGUCUGUGUAACUAUGAUUGUUUCAGUGGGAGAGUAAUGCUCAGUGACCUGUAGGUUUAGGAUUGUGUGUGCUGCCUGAAGCUGGACAUGUCUGUCCCUCACAGUAUGUUGAUGUCAAUUUCUGACAGUAACAUGGAUCUAUAAAGACUUCCUGCCUCCACUGCUUAUAUAUAGGUCUUGCUAUUCCCCCAUCUUUUGUAGCUUAGUUUGUCCCGGAUCCAUUUGUUCUUUUCCAGCUCCUAUGGUCAAUGUAACACCAAAUAACCGUUGAAGUUGACAAGACCGCACAAAGAGAUCUGGGACCAGGCUACACUGUCAAUAUAAGGUGAAAUCACACUGCUAAAUUUCUGUCCAUGUAUUCAGACCCUGUUCCACAUAAAGCCUACUCUGUGGCUGCUGGUACAUCUUUGGCAUCUCUCCGACUGGCUUUUGUAUAACCUAUAGCACACUGCAUUUUAGGAUGGGUCUACAAUUUAAGAUUUAAAAAGGAGAAUAAAGGAAAAAAAUCUGA